UUCAAGUUCAUUGGUGCUGUAGGUCGCUUCGUUUAUAAUUGGAGUGGCUAAUGCCAAUCGUUAAUAGCCUGAAUAAUUUGAAACGUGCUUUAGCCGGAGAUAACAACGUCAGAAUUGCUUUGUAAUUGUUGUUACUAUUAUUAUUAUUUCUGUCGGCGGCAUUUAAAAAUAUAGCCAAGUGUGUUGUGCACAUUUUAACUGCCGAUUGUGCAACACAUACAUAUAUUCCGCUGUACUCACUUGUUAUUACUGUAUUCACUCGGGGCGUUCGUGGAUUGUUACCGGCAAAAGUUUCAUCGCGUCAGCCGUGAGCGACCACGUGCAAAUUUUUCGCGAUUGGAAAAACUUCACAACUUCAAUGAUGAAUCUCCGACGAUGUUCAUUUUUUCUAACAAUUGUGGCAAUUGUUGUUACCGAAACUUGGGCCGUUGCUGGAAGGUUUGACUUUCUUAUUCUUCAUACCAAUGACAUGCACGCGAGGUUUGAGGAGACCUCGAGGAUCGGCGCGACGUGUAGUGAACCUGGCAAGGACGAAACGUGUGUUGGGGGAUUUGCAAGGGUUGCCCAUGUGGUGAGACAAGCCAGAAAAAAAGCCGCAGAAGGUACAGGACCUAAGGUGCUCUUUUUGAACGCCGGGGAUUCCUAUACGGGAACGGCGUGGUUUACGCUCUACAGAUGGAACAUUACCACCGAAUUUAUGAAUUUACUGCAACCAGACGUGAUGUGUCUUGGAAACCAUGAGUUCGAUGACAGACCUGUCGGAUUGGCACCGUUCCUGGAAGAAAAAAAUUUUCCUGUUGUAACAACUAAUAUCGACGUAUCGAUGGAACCAGAGCUGAAGAAUAUUAAAAAGUCGCAUGUAGUCGAACUAGAUGGUCACAAGAUUGGCGUUGUGGGUUAUUUAACACCACAAACCAUGCAGAUAUCAUCUCCAGGUAAUGUAAUGUUUGAGGACGAGGUGAGCAGUUUACGAAGAGAGACGGAGAUUUUGGCCAGUGAAGGGGUCAAUAUAAUCAUCGCCUUGGGCCAUUCAGGUUACGAAAUCGACAAAAAAGUUGCCGCUGAGGUGCCUCUCGUAGACGUGGUCGUUGGAGGUCACACCGACACAUUUCAAUGGAACGGUCCCCAAGUAGACAUCGAAGUACCUGUAGACGAGUAUCCCACCGUGAUCGUCCAGGAAAGCGGGAAACGCGUUCCUGUGGUACAAGCAUUCGGAUACACUAAAUAUAUAGGGAGAUUGAACGUCUCCUUCGAUGAAGACGGAAACUUGGUCGACUUUGCAGGACAACCACUGCUACUAGACAGUACCAUUCCUCGGGAAGAGGAUGUGCUUCGGCUCCUGGAUGUCUACAGACCUGAUCUGGAGGAACUCCAGCAAAGGGUGGUCGGCAAAACUAAAGUUCUCUUAGAUGGAUCUGCAGACUCUUGCAGGGUGAGGGAAUGCAACUUGGGGAACCUCAUCACGGACGCUUUCGUCGCAUACUUCGCAGACAUGUACCAAGGAAGUUAUUGGACGAACUCGCCAAUAGCAGUAAUGAAUGGGGGAGGAGUGAGGAACAGUAUUGAACCGAAUCAUGUCAACGAUGGUAACGUGACAAUGGGAGAACUUCUAGGAGUGGCACCCUUCGAUAACCAAGUGAUUUCUUUAACCCUGAAAGGAUCGGAUUUGAUCAAAACUCUGGAGAUAGGAGUACGCGCAAGAGAUGGCUCCACCUCAGGAGGGGAAUUCUUGCAAGUUUCCGGGUUGCACGUCGUGUACGAUCUUUCACAACCUUCGGGAUCCAGGGUAAUUAACGUGAAAGCCUUAUGCGGAAGCUGCAAGGUUCCGACGUACGAAACGGUUCAGGACGACAAGGAAUACAGGGUGGUGACGCAAAGCUUCCUGACUGACGGUGGUGAUGGACAUUACAUUCUAAAAGACAAUUCGUACAAUAGGACUAUAGCCGAGUUGAAUGACGUGAAUGUGAUCGCGUGGUACAUGACAAAAAACAAUUUCGUGUAUCAGGCAGUCGAAGAACGGAUAAGGUUUAAGGGUGGACGAUCUAGCGGUCGAUCUUAUCUAACAAGUGCCAGCUCGUUAUUCGUUUGUUGCAUUUUUAUGGUCGGUAAAGUGAUGGUAGCGUGAAAUAGUUAGUCCAAAAAUAUGUCGGCUGUGCACGUGUUACGAUAGUGAGUGACGUGUCACAUUAUAAACAAUUGAAUUUCAGGAUUGAAAAGUAUUAAAACGACUUAUCUGUUAAGAAUAUCACGAAGCGUCCAUCAUUUGUUAUUUUUAGUAUUUUUUAUUUAUUCAUUGGUUAAUAAUGACUUGGUAGAAUGUACAAAAGGUUCCAGGAAAUAGCAGAAGCAACAGGAUACGCCAAUUUCCUGACACUAUCUUUUGGACACCGUUUAUAUUUAAGUGUACGAAUGCGUCCAUGUUUGUUAUACGUAAUCAUAUUGUUCCUGGCAUCGAUCUACUGAUACGUUAUUAUAAGAAAAUAAAAUUCAUUCCAAUAAAUAAUAAAAUACGCAUCAUGUGUUA